AUGGCUCCGCAUAAGGAAUCUCAACUCAGUCGCUACCUUGCACGAGCGAUUCACGGCGCCAACCUGAGCAAGCCCAAAGCGCUUACAGCAGCUCUUAAAGAUCACACAUUCACCCAGUCAUACAGAUUUGGUAACCCUGCCAACAAUAAUUUUGCAGCUUUUAAAUCCUUAGGAACCGCCGCAAGAGAAAAGGCCGUCAAUUGGGCCAAGAAUCGCCGAGCAAAGGUCACCACCCAUUUCGCUAGUCCGUUCAGUGCUCUUCCUUGUUUGCGGGAUUUGCUCGAGUACAAUCAUGGCCAGUACUUUUUCGACGUGGAUAUCCAUGGCAACUACACGAAAACUCCACCCAGGCAUUGGCAAACCCUGACUGCGCCGCUCUUCAACCACGCUGUCCAUGCUAUGCUCGGGGAACCCGCCACGACAAUGAACACCAUACUACUUGCAGCUAUAGUCAGACCAAAGGGCCAUAUAGUUUUCUUGUUGCCGAACUCAGAAGGGCUGGAGCAUGUUAUUCGCCAGAUUCUGGACCAUGGUCUGCCGCUGCGGUUGUUGUCAGCCAAAGAAGUCGACCUUGAGCCAAGCCUGCAUGGCGGUCGACACCAGACAGUCGAAAUACACUCGAGACUCACAUCGCAUUCAAAGCAAAAAUUGACGAAUAUAUAUGAUUCUUUUUGGCGUGAGCGAAUGAUGCAUUCCUCAGCCGCCGACGCACAAAUCACGAUUGCAAGAAGCGCAGCUAUGAAAGAUUGGGGCAGCCAUUUUAUUGCCACAUUCCGCCGUCUGCCAAAUGCAGGACCUGCAGACAGCACCGUUGGACUGCUUAAUCUGUAUGAGACACUCUACGGUUUCCCACAAAAAGAUAGCCAUGAGCGUCCGGUGAGUGAUCAAGAUGUCGACGAUGCAAAAGAUCAAGACGACGACGACGAUGGGGCACUACGAACCGCUCUUGAACGGACACAAUCUUUCACUGCAGCCUCUGACCCGUCCUCGAUUGAUGUUGACGCGCUCAAAGGCGAGAUUGCCAGGUUAGAGAAUGUCAUAUCGAAGAUGCAAACGAAAAUGGCCAAGACUCCAGAGUGA